CCCGCCCGCGCGCCGCGUCCCGCGUCCCCCUCGCUCGGUCGCCUGCCGCGCGCCCGGCCGCGCCGUGCUAGAACAUGGCGGGAUCGGUGGCUGACAGUGAUGCCGUGGUGAAACUAGAUGAUGGGCACUUCAACAACUCCCUGGGCUCUCCGGUUCAAGCCGACGUGUACUUCCCACGACUGAUAGUUCCAUUUUGUGGACACAUUAAAGGGGGCAUGAGACCGGGCAAGAAGGUGCUAGUGAUGGGCAUUGUGGACCUCAACCCAGAGAGCUUCGCCAUCAGCCUGACCUGCGGGGACUCAGAAGACCCUCCUGCCGAUGUGGCCAUUGAACUCAAGGCUGUGUUCACGGACCGGCAGCUGCUCCGAAACUCUUGCAUAUCAGGGGAGAGGGGAGAAGAACAGUCGGCGAUCCCUUACUUUCCAUUCAUCCCGGACCAGCCGUUCAGGGUGGAAAUUCUCUGCGAGCACCCACGUUUCAGGGUGUUUGUGGAUGGACACCAACUUUUUGAUUUUUACCACCGCAUUCAGACAUUGUCUGCCAUCGACACCAUAAAGAUAAACGGGGACCUCCAGAUCACCAAGCUUGGCUGAUGCUGGAGCGCCCAGAGUCUCACCACAGCUCUCUGCCUGUUGCCCUGGGGAAGGGUCCCAGCAAGAUCUGGAGACUACAAACAGAAACAAAAGGCGGGCAGCACCGGCUCUUCUUUCUGUGCAGUUUAAGCCCAAAAUGACUACUUCAGCUGGGGUCUCUCCUUUGGAAGCAAACUGUUGGGAAAAAGACCCCAAGCCUUUCGUCCCAGAACAAAGAAACACGUUUAUGCUGGAUUUGAUCAGAUGGAAGCCACAUUGGAUUUGGGAUGAUUUGGGAUUUGGCAGCAAAUUAUUCAUCUUUUCAAAGAGAAGUGAUGUUUAGAAACAAAAGUGCUAAAGACAUUAAAAAAACAACAACGGUACACCGAAAUCAAUGCAUUUCUGCACUGAAGUGGAAUUGUGUAGCACAACCGACAUUUAGUCAGGGUACUUAUAUAGAAUGUAGGUUGUUCAAAGUUUUUUUUUUUUUUGGUGGUUUUUUUUUUUUUUUUUUUUUUUGCACAGCAUAUGUUUAUUCAGAUUUUGAAGCUUUCUUGUAGUUAUUUAUUUAUACCCAGUGUAUGUAUUAGAGAAAUAUCUCCAGAGCAGCAACUUUUGAACUUUUGAAUGUACUGAUAUCUUAGGUUUAAGGGAGGGAAACUACGUAUAGCAAUCAUAAGCAGGUGAAUUUCUACCUUAAAGAAUUGAUCAUUUUUCUCCCUACUGCUAAACUUAGGAUCUCUUGAUACAAAUUGCUCUAAGUGCUUUUGGGAGAACUUUGCAACAUUUUGAUAAAACUACUUUUCAAGUUAUUAUCGACAAUGAAAAAUUCUAUUUACAUUGCUCUUUCUCCUUACUUGUGCAUUAGCACAGUAUUGGCUUCCUUAGGACUAAUUAACUACUACUCCCUAGAUUUACAUAAUAGCUCAUUAAGUUGUUAUGAAAUUAAUUGAAAAUACAUAAGAGGUGAUAGCAUAUAUGACUUUUAAAAAUGACUAUUAUAGAUACACUUUUAAAAUUGUGAUAGGAAAAUGAUUGUGGAAUUCAGUGUAAAGCAGAAGCAAAUGGACCCAAAUAACGUAACUUGGAAGUAAUUUGUAUCAACUUAGGCUGUUGACUCAUUGUGUGACGUUUCUUAGGUGACCCUCCCCAGUAUCCCUGAGCAAUGCCUUUGGAUCCGAAACUGCUUCCUGCCGAGUUGGAUGAGAUGGGAUCCAGAUCAGGAAAGGAUCUAGUUGGUGUUAUCUGAAAGAUUAACUCCCAGGACUGCAUUGUGGAUGUUUCCAGUGAAGCUGUAACCUGUUCAGACAGCAGUGUCUGGCAGGCGGUUGCAGGACUGUGAAUGUCACUGCCAAGCCUGGGCUGAGUGGAGCCCUGAGCGCUGGACUUCACAAGUGACAUCGGCCCUGGAGAGAAGGACCCUUGGCAUUGCUUUGGCCAGGUAGUGGGGGAGAAGAGGGGUGCAGGGUGGGGGUGUAUUUAUAUAUAAUUUAGUUUUGUUUGUACAGCAUACUGCGUCUUGUUAUGACACGUCCUCGUCCUGCUUUGCCCUUUGAGUUUUCUUUAAGUUCUCUUUACACAACACGCAGAGGCACCGAAGUGGCCAUGGCAUUUUCAUGUGUCAAGAAUGUACAGUGUUUCAGAACCAAAGUCUGAGAUAAACAGAGCAAACUAAAAUGGUGCAUUUUGUAAAGCUAUGCAGCUUUGAAGCUGUGUAGCGCAGUUCCCUAGCGUUAAGUAAAAAGAUACUCUCUCCGCCCAGACUGGCUGCACGUGGACCCUCUGAUUCGGCCCUCAGAGCUGUGUGUGAUUCCAGGAGCUGUGAGGCCUGUUGGGAGCCACUAGAUGUUGGGAGUGUUGCUGGGGAGACUCAGGGCACCCUGAGAUGUGUCUGUAGGGCUUCUGAGUCACUUUAUGUGGGAGACGCCCUUGGGAGGACCCCUUCGAGGUCCCACUCACUGCAUAAUACAGCAGCAACUGGGGGAGGAGGCAGCGGACUGACUGGAAUGGACACUGUUCUCUGCCUAUAUGCUAAGCGGUCAGCAGCCACGCCCUCAGGCGGCUCAGUGGGAGAUACAGUGCUAACCCUUCCUGUGUGUCGGUGAGGGCCGUGGGAACCUCUUGCAUAAGCCUAUUGGGCUUAACCACAGUGCUGUGAUGGUUUGAUUCAGGUAUGGCUCGAUUAGUAGGGGGCUGAUCCAGCUGUGCCAAGGGUUAGCUGUGAACUGGAACCUCUCCUUAGCCUGCGAUGUGAGGUCUAAGGUGGGAAUUUCGGAAUACAGAAAGUGCACUUUAAAGCCUCACAGGGGAAUCCUUGGGUAUGGAAGGAGUUAUUUCUGAUUAGAGCCCUAGUUUUUGCAAUAAGCAGAACCAAGGAAUGCAGGAAACAAUCAGGCUUUGGGGAAAUAAGAAGCAGGCCUUCGACAAUCUGUUUGUGCAGCAGCAUUGUGAAUGUGUUUACCUACUUAACACGAGUGACUUCUACUUUUUCUAGGCUAUCCUGGAAUUGUCGUAAAAUUAGUAUUUUUUUAAAUUUUGGAAAUCCCCCUUUUCAAAUCUUGCCAUCCUCAGUUGAAAACCUCCUAAGACAUCUCUCUUAGAAUUGGUGAUUUGUUAAAAUGGCCGAUCCUUUUCACUUGUAUUCAAAGGAAAAUAUUAUCCAAAAAGAGGGAGGGAGGAGCCCCAUAGUCUUGAGAGAAACGGCCUUGGCAUUGUAGAAGUGAUGUCCCUGGGAUGACAUAUUUUCAAAGAAACACUUUCUUAUUUACUGCAUGGUGUAAAAGGUUGCUAAAUGUGUUGUUACAUUAUGUCACUGCUGAAAGUUAUUUGCACUAUAAUAAAGGAAUUUUCUACGAAGUGAUUCCCAGUCUGUGUCAGUUUGGCACAGGUGUAAUGUGCC